UCCUCGCCCGUGCCGAGGCAAUGGUCAACAUCACUCUUGAUGAUACCUCGCCGUUCAUUAGCUAUUCCGAUGGUUGGGGUGUGCAAUCUCCACAAGAUCCGAAUCUGGAGUACUACUUGCAGGAGACAUAUCAUGGCACGCAGACGAUCGGAUCAAAUGCGACCAUAGUCUUCUCAGGUUCAGGAGUGUAUCUCUACGGCUCAAUGGGUCCAGCCCACGGUAACUUCGAAGUUUCCGUGAACGGAGCUCGCCAAACAUUCUCCGGAUAUUCGUCAACACCCUUGUUUCAGCAAUGUCUGUUCUCCUCCAUGCUGGAUGCGAGCUACAAUGAGAUCAUUCUCAUCAACAUUGGUGGCUCAGGAGGGAGCUUCAUGGACCUCGAUUAUAUCAUCACGACGGUUCCUGAGAACACCACCUUCCCUGCACCACCUUCUCUCGCACCGAUCACCCCAAGUGGCGGGUUCCCCUCUGCUUCUCCCACUUCUACCUCUUCAUCUACCGGAGGCUCCUCGUUAUCAACCGCAUCCUCCUCCUCUACUUCCACGACUGUGACCACUGUCCUUACUAUUGUCUUCGCCAUCCUCACCGUUGUGUUGCUCAGUAUUAUUGCAUUCCUCUACAUGCGACAUCGUAGACGAAAGCAGGUUGAGCAGGAGCAUCUCUUCCGAUAUGGACGUGGGCCUGCAGUGUCGCCCUCGCCACAACCCGAUCUGAUGACAAAUCUACACUGGACGUCCCAGGCGCACACACAAGGUCCUGCUGGAGGUGGCUCACCCAACAUGGGGUAUCCCCCAAGACAGAGCCCAGUGACAUCAUCACUAGGCGCAAGCUACCAACUGCAGGCGGGAAGGAGCAAAGGAAAGAACCCACCCAGUACGUUUCUGCCGGGAUUCGAUGCAUGACACGACCGCUCCAGGAAGCAUCCCUGCGACGAGCCUCACGAUCUACCCCCAUUUCCCGUCUUUUCUUGUCUCGGCACGUCGUAAAUCACUGUGUCAUACGCACAAUUUUGCACGACACCGCCCCUUUUCCUCAUAUUCGUUACCUGUAUGAA